UCCGUGGCCUUUUAAUUCAAAUGGCACCAUGGGCUCAACCAUUUGCCACCACCAGGAAAGUUCCUAUUCGCAGUACGGCCCCAGAUAUUCGGUGGGGGAUGAACUUUGUGAUCGAGCGCCAAAGUGCGUUGGAAGAUGCGAUGCCCCUUGCAGCAUUGGUUACGAGCUAAGAAGCAGAGAGGAAGAUAUCCUCGCAGAUUGGACCAAGCUGGACCUUGGUUUGACUCAAAGCUCUAGGCCAAAGCCCUUGCAGCGGCCGCCCAUCGUAAGCCCUGGAGGCCUGGUUUCUCGCCACUGUGGAGGGACUGGAGGAGUUGGGGCGAGUAUCAGCUAUCAAGCAGCCCCAGAUCCCUCUGAGGCCUAUGAGCUGAAGCCUCGACCCAUUGGCUUUGGUUCUUACGCGGAGGUCCUCUUGGCCAGACACAAACAAACCAGGAUGCUAAGAGCCUUGAAGCGGAAGUGCAAGGUGCCAAAGCGGCAGCUCUUGAUUGAAGAUGAUUUGGAUGAUGAUUUGCCCAAGAACCCCAUCAUUGAGCGGAGCAAGAAACGAAAAGAAGAGGUCCGUGAAGUGGAGGUGCUCCUUCGUUUAGAUCAUCCCAAUGUGGUGAAGCUCUAUGAAGUCUUUGAAGAUGAGGAGAAUAUUUGCCUCAUUAUGGAGCUUCUGAAAGGUGGCAGUUUGCUGGAGCGGAUUUGCCCGUCCAAAAUCAGUCCUCGUAGUGUGCCCUGGGAAGAAAAGUCUCCUCGGUAUGAGUUCGACCGACAUCAACAAGGCACGAGCGUCGCAUUGCAGGAGUUUGAGGCAGCUCGACUCUUUUGGCAGAUGCUGAGCGCAGUGAUUCAUCUUCACGGUCACCGGGUGGUUCAUCGCGACCUGAAGCUGGACUGCCAUGCAGUGAAUCCCAUGGAUUCCAUGGAUUUUGGGCAUGCCUGGCCGUUGAAGCCCAUUGCUACCACUGGACUCCUUGAGACGGAUGGGAUCAGUCUGAUGGUGGUCCAAGAGAUCUCGAUUCCAGGAGGAGCAGGGACGAAUCGCUACGUUGCUCCAGAAGUUCAAGAUGAGAGUGAUGUAGCUGCACAUUUGGCUGACCGCGCGGACAUUUGGGCGCUCGGUGUUUGCCUUCACGCCAUGCUCACUGGCAGGCUUCUACCAGUGAGUGGGACGCUCACACAGGUAGCCAGCUUUGACGCAAAGACUUCAGCACUGGCAGAGGCCGAGAUAUGGUGGGGCGGAUAUGGCCUCUCUACUUUGGCCAUUGACUUGCUCAAAGAACUUCUGAGACUGAAACCGGAGAAGCGGCCCAGUGCUGCGGCCAUCGCCAGACACCCGUGGCUUGAGAUUGCUGCCCGUGAUGACCUCGCUGAAGCAGCAACUUUUAUGAUUCCCAGGUUCAUCAGCGACCUGAACGUCAUAAUGGAAGCAACGUCUCUUCGACGACUCUUCCUUUUGGCAGUGGCUAGGCAAGCAGAGGACGAGGAUUGCUACCCUUUCCCGUGUCUCUUCCGGGCCUUGGAGGCGCAAUGUCGUGGACCUCUGACUCAGAAAGCCAUGGCGAUUGCGCUUCAGAGGCUGGGGAGCCUCCAGAGCCCAGCACCGGAGCAGCAGUUGCUGUUGCAGGUCAUGAAAGCCGUGUAUGUGGUCAUGGGAGCCAUCGAUGCAGAUGCCUCUGGGAGUAUCAGCUGGGCAGAGUUCCUGGCCGCCAUUUUUCUGAGCCAGGAAGAAGUCCUGAAGUCUCUGCGGAAGAAACAGCUGCAGGAGAGUGCCUUUGAUCGAGCAUGUUUUCGGGCCUUUGAUCAUCUGUCCAUGAGCCAUCAAAAGAUCUCCCCAAGCUCGUUGUGCCGUACCCUCCGGUCGCACAAGGCACACAAAGCUGUUGUUGAUCCCGAGGCCAUGUUCAAAGAGUUCGAUUCCAUCCCGGCAUUUUCACUGGAGGACUUCCUACAGACCUUGGACGGUGCAGAGAUGCCAUUGCUGAAGGAAUCCAUCGCAGAAGAGCCGCUGCCACCGCUGCCACCGCUGCCGCCGCCCAAGGAGUCUCGAGACGAGGAAACUCGACAGGAAGCUCGACGGAGUUUCGGAGGAAUGGAGGAAUUUAUAUGGGAUGAACCCUGACGGCCCAGUGACAAAAAGUCUUUUCGCGUCGCACAUGCAGAUAUUGGGGAUUUGAAUUUGAGACCCCUUGAGCCAAGAAAAAUCCGUUGCUGUGCUU